AUGGAGAGAGGGAGCAUCUUGGUGCAACACCAGCGAGCAAGGAACCCCACGCCUCCGUGCAAGGAGCCCCACGCCUCCGUGCAAGGAGCCCCACGCCUCCGUGCAAGGAGCCCCACGCCUCCGUGCAAGGAGCCCCACGCCGCCGUGCAAGGAGCCCCACGCCUCCGUGCAAGGAGCCCCACGCCUCCGUGCAAGGAGCCCCACGCCUCCGUGCAAGGAGCCCCACGCCUCCGUGCAAGGAGCCCCACGCCUCCGUGCAAGGAGCCCCACGCCUCCGUGCAAGGAGCCCCACACCUCCGUGCAAGGAGCCCCACGCCUCCGUGGAAGGAGCCCCACGCCUCCGUGGAAGGAGCCCCACGCCUCCGUAGAAGGAGCCCCACGCCUCCGUGCAAGGAGCCCCACGCCUCCGUGCAAGGAGCCCCACGCCUCCGUGCACGGAGCCCCACGCCUCCGUGCAAGGAGCCCCACGCCUCCGUGCAAGGAGCCCCACGCCUCCGUGCAAGGAGCCCCACGCCUUCGUGCAAGGAGCCCCACGCCUUCGUGCAAGGAGCCCCACGCCUCCGUGCAAGGAGCCCCACGCCUCCGUUCAAGGAGCCCCACGCCUCCGUGGAAGGAGCCCCACGCCUUCGUGCAAGGAGCCCCACGCCUCCGUGGAAGGAGCCCCACGCCUCCGUGCAAGGAGCCCCACGCCUCCGUGCAAGGAGCCCCACGCCUCCGUGCAAGGAGCCCCACUCUCUCACGCUUCCAUAUAGAGGACGGGCAUGGAUCCAUCAGUGCCGCCUGAUCAACCUGCUAUCAGGUCGCGGAUCUGACUCCCGGGAGUUAUUAUGGUCCACCACACCUAGCCUAUCAGAGCGCGCUACGCCGCGAGCCGUCACCUCGCGGCAGCGACUAUCUACCGCGCGCACUACGCCAUAA